GUGGUCUUCUACGUCAGUUCACAUCCGGGCGCCGGAGGAAGCGAUAGCUGCUGCUUGUUUGCUGAGGUCGGCACUACGUACAACGAGCCAUUUUCACCAUUUUGAAGGGAGGCGUUCGUUGAGUCUUCCUCUCUGCCUGGGGCGCCGAGUUUGGAGCGGAGGUCGCUCUCCGGGGUGAGGACGCCGAAUUCCGCCGCCGAGAUGUCCAACUACGUGAACGACAUGUGGCCGGGCUCCCCGCAGCCCAAGCAGACCCCCUCGACGCCCCGCUCGGGGCGGUCUAGCCGCCGCUCCUCGGCGUCCGGCAGCCGCAGCCUUUCACGAAGCUUCCGGUCCCGCUCGAGCGUCUCGAGCCGGUCGUCGUCGCGGAGUCGGAGCGGGGGCAGGGCCCGGGCCCGGGCCCGGUCCCGCAGGCACCACCAGCGGAGGUACCGGCGCUACUCCCGCUCUUUCUCGCGCAGCCGCUCGCGCUCCCGCAGCCGCCGCUUCCGGCCCCGGCGCCACAGCUCCUCCCGCCGCUGGCAGCGCGCUCGGCGGGGCGGCUCCCGCAGCAGGUCCCGCAGCAGGGGGCGCUCGUGGAGCCGCAGGCAGCCUGCCGCCACACGCGGGCGGCGCUACUACGGCUUCGGUCGUUCGGUGUACCCCGAGGAGCCCCGACACUGGAGGGGAAGGUCCAGGACGAGGUCACGGAGCCGGACCCCCUUCCGCUUAACCGAGAAAGAUCGAAUGGAGCUCUUAGAAAUAGCAAAAGCCAAUGCUGCGAAAGCUUUAGGAACAACGAACUUUGAUUUGCCAGCUAGUCUCCGAAGUGUUUCUGUAUCCAAAACAAACCUUGGAGCCCCUAUACCAAGUGGUGCAAAGUUUGAGCUGUCAGAAAAGCUAACUGAAGAUGGUACUAAAAACUCCAGUGAAAAGGCUUCCCAGCAAAAAAGCAUAGCUUUUAGCUCUAAGAAUUCUAUAGCAAAACCAAUGCUUCAGAAAUCAGCUAAAGUUACUGCUGAUGAGACCUCUUCAAGAUCUCCAAAAAUUGAUGAGAAGAAAAGUCCAUAUGGGCUGUGGGUACCUGUCUAAAGAGGAUUUAAGCUUGCCUGAAAUGCACUUUAUUCCAUGUUUUUUAUAGCAUUAUUAUGUAUCUCAUUUUUUGUAAUUGCUGGGGUUAGAAACAUCACAAAAUAUGUAAAUACUACUAAAAUUAACAUUUAGGUUUAUUUUACAGAUAUGAUAUAGCACAAAUGGACCAGAGAUUACAUACAGGUGGGAGUCUUACAUAUUUGUAAAUGUUUUGUAUAUUUGCAGAAGUGAAAUUUGUAAGGUACUAAUUGAGUUUGUGUUGUACAUAUUCAUUAAAAAAUUUUUAAUUUUUA